UUUAUUGAAGAAAUAAUGGCCGACGUGAAUCCUCCAAGAAACAUCUGCAGAAACAUCCUGAAGCCCGCGCAGGUGGGGGCUUCCCCCUCCGAGGUGAAAGUCCUGGUGAUCUACACCGGAGGGACCAUCGGGAUGACGCUUAACAAUGGAGUGCUUGCCCCAGCACCCAACGCUUUGGUGGAAGGACUGCGCAAGAUGUCCAUGCUCCACGAUGAGGUGUAUGCCAGCGAGAUCAACCUGAAUGAGGACAACACCCUGGUCCUGCCGCUGACUGAAGACAAUAAGAGGAUUGUGUACACUGUUCUAGAGUACAGCCCUUUGCUGGAUUCCUCCAACAUUUCCAUAGAAGACUGGGGUAAAAUUGGAAAGGACAUUGAGGAAAACUAUGACCACUUUGACGGUUUUGUGAUCCUGCAUGGCACAGACACCAUGGCUUACACAGCCUCGGCCCUGUCCUUCAUGUGUGAACAUUUGUGCAAACCAAUCAUCCUCACCGGAUCUCAGGUGCCGAUCUAUCGGACGAGGAGUGACGGCACAGACAACCUGCUGGGGGCGCUGCUGUUUGCAGGGCGGCCUGACAUUCCCGAGGUGUGCCUGUACUUUUGCAACAAACUCUUCAGAGGGAACCGUGUGACCAAGGUGAAUGCUGCGAGUUUCGACGCCUUCUCCUCUCCCAACCUGGAUCCUCUGGCCGUCGCUGACGUGAAGAUCUCAGUCAACAAGGAUACGGUGCGGAGGGCAGACCACACAGCAAAGUUCCACGUCAGCACCGAGCUGAAUACGAACGUGGUGCUGCUCAAGCUGUUCCCAGGAAUCACUACUGCUAUUGGAGAAGAGCAGAGGGGAAAGAACGCAGCCUUGGGGGGAACCGGUGCUGAUGGACCGAGAGGCAGAGACGUGUUUCCCCAGCUUCACGUGCUGCUUCCUGUCGGAGAGGAAGUCAGUGAUCCACUUGCAGGUGGAGUCGGGUACGUGCAGCUGGGAGAGUUUGUCCUGCAGCAGAGACGGGAUGAUGGUGUUGAAGGCAGAGCUGAAGUCCAGAAACAGGAUCCUGGCGUGACGGCUUUCCUGCAGCAGCCCAUGAAGGGCGUAGUCCUGGAGACCUACGGCAGCGGAAACGCCCCCGAUAACCGACCUGACCUGUUGGCGGCGCUGAAGAAGGCCACCGACAACGAAGUCAUCAUCAUGAACUGCACCCAGUGCCUGAAGGGGACUGUGUCUGCUUCGUACGCCACCGGAAAGGCACGUUGUGUUGCCCCCCAGUCAAUCCUGACCCAUUUUCACUGCAUUUUCUGAAUACAUAUAUGUAUAU